AUGAUUGAAACACCACAGGAAACAAUUAUGAUGAUGGUCAAUGACGAACAACGUUUUGCUCUUCACUUGAUCAAUAAUUCCAAAAAGUUAUCAUUUGAUCGUUACGCAUAUUCAAGGUAUAAAUACGGUGAUAGUAAUCAAGCAAAACAAUUCGGGCAAGAACUAUGUACAGGUUUUUUAGAAAAAUAUCAUGAUUUUAUUCUUUCAUCAAAUCAACAAUUCAUGGCUAUAUCGUCACCGCGUAGUAUAGUACCACCAGCAGCUUACUAUAUAUUUCAAACAUUCCUAGAAAAAUUAAAUCAUUUUUUACAAUCAAAUGGACGGCCACCAGCAUUAGAACAUACAAUACAACGUAUUGGGACUAUUGCAGAAGAUUAUUCAUCUCUGUCAAGAGGCGAACGUUUCGACCGAUUAAUUGAUGAACGUUAUUCUAUUGAUUGUCAACCGUUGACGAAUAAAUCUUUAUUAUUUAUCGAUGAUAUUCGUAUUACAGGUAUGCAUGAAAUGAAUAUCAUUCGUUUAUUAAAUGCAUCACAAAUAUAUAAUGCACGCUUAUUUCUUUAUUAUGCUCAAUUAAUAAAUGAUCAAAUACCAUCGUCGUUUGAACAUGAAUUAAAUCGUUGUGCAAUCGAUAAUCUUGAACAACUUUUAACAAUAAUUCAUAAUCCGGCAGCAACCUUUCAAAUAAAUACACGUGUGUUAAAGGAAAUUCUACGCUCAAAUUUAUCUGAACUCGACCAGUUUUUACAUUCAAUCAGUGUCGAUCUCAUAUCGAAAAUUUAUUAUGCAUGUCUUGCAUGCAAUUAUCAAACAAUUAAAAUAUUUGCUGAUAGUUUGAACUAUAUGCAUCGUUGUCUUCAACAGCGACAAAAUGAAUAA